AUGCUGCAUAAAAGUAAAAACGAAAUUGAAAGCUUAUGUAAUCAACUAUUAACCACCAAUAAAUUCCAAAACAGAGUUAAAAAUCGCACACAUAUAGAAACGUACUCGGACCCUGAAACUUCCUUAUCAUCCGAAGAUUCAAACAUAAUAAAAAGCUUACCUGAUCUUUCAACAUUAGUAAAUGAUGAAUCUAUUGAGUUAAAACAAAGAAACUCCGAACUACAGCUAGAACUAGACAGUGCGCACAUGGAAAUAGAAAAGCUUAUUCUUGAGAAAAGAGAACUAACAAAAAGAGGUUGA